AUCACCUCUGUUCAUCAAGUCGCGACACUUCUAAUCAGCUAUCCUCCAUUCAUUCACUGAUCUCUUUUUUACCUUUUCUUUUUUUUUUCUUACAUACUUUCCAACUUUUCACAUAUCUCACGCGUCAUCAUGGUCGGGCCCACUGCAACCCUUACUCCUCUUGCUCGCGCCGAUGGCUCGGCUUCCUAUCUGUGUCCCUCGACCGGAUCCAAUAUCCUGGGCUCUGUCAAUGCACCCGUCGAGCUUCCUGGACGCCGAGAUGCCUUGAAGCCCGAAGAAGCGACCGUGGAAGUAUUCGUUAAACCGGGUACUGCGCCUGCUGGUGUUGGGGAACGGUACGUGGAGGGAAUCAUCAAGGGAGUCCUCGGAAGGUUGAUCUUGGGACGCGAGAGGGGCUACCCCCGGCGUGGUGUUGUGGUCACGCUAGCCAUCGUCGGCGGUGGGAGUGUAGGAAGAGGAGAGUCGUAUCUGACCCUUCUGCCCGCGCUGCUUCAUACCGCCCUUCUUGCCUUGCUAUCAGCCGCUGUUCCUCUUUCCAUGACUUUCUCUGCGACUGUUCUGGCCGUCAGCGCGUCGGGCGACAUCACCCGGGAACCGUCGACCGAACAGGCAGCCACAGCCAAGUCCCUGCACGCCCUAGCGUUCUCAUCCAAGGGCCAUCUGCUGCUAAAUGAGAGCUCAGGGGCCUUUGACUUUGAGACAUGGGAAAGGGUCCACCAGCGCGCGUCGGCAAUCUGUCAUGGCACACCGGCUGUUGGCACUGAUGGGGACACUGCCAUGGUUGAGGAUGUAGAUGGUCAGCCCCUGGAGGGGAUCAUGCGCGAGUCUAUUGAAGAUCAGGUCCACCGUGACUACGCCUGGAAGAUUGAUGCUGCUUGAUUAGCCCGCGGAUGCCACGGCAGCUAAGUAAAUUCAGUCGCGACGGGCGGUCACAGCCAGCGAGCGGUCGCUCCCACGAAUUGCCGUCCCUUCUAUCGCCAGUGUUCCCAGGUGGCU